CCCAGCCCAGCGCGGCCCGGGAGGACACGGCGGCGGCCCCGUGGACGCCCGGUGACCCUAGGCUGCAGACGACCCGAGCCCAUGGCCCCCGCGGCGGCUCCGUCCUCCCUGGCCGUCAGGGCCUCCAGCCCGGCCGCCGUGCCCAGCUCGUACGGGGCUUUCUGCAAGGGGCUCUCUCGCACCCUCCUGGCCUUCUUCGAGCUGGCCUGGCAGCUGCGCAUGAACUUCCCCUACUUCUACGUCGCGGGAUCCGUGAUCCUCAACAUUCGCUUGCAGGUACACAUUUAAAAGCCGAGAUUCCGCUCGCCGGACGACGUGGGCCCCGUGAUGGCCGAUUGGGCCCUGCGGCCGAGCUUAGCGCCUGGCUGGGAACCGGGCCGGAUGGCCAGGGUGCUCGGCUGCGGCCUGCGCCUGGGCGCCGCGCUCCCCGCGCACCUCCCCGGCAGGGCCGGAACGCCUGCUGCCCCGGUCCGGCGCCAUCUCGGCGACCCCGCAGGUGCACGCUGAGACCACCCACGAGACCAACCCCCCUGAAGGACCUGCCGGAGGGCACCGAAAAAGGCUAAAAUAUUAAGGGGGAAAAAAAGACCGAAAGGUGAACUUGGGAAAGGGGGGGACGGACUGCUAGAUUAUAAACAUUACUGGAAGAAGUCUAAGAUGUGAAAGCUGUGUGGAAGACGUGUUUCUUCGUCCCAAGGGAGAAAACAAUGACAGUCACACAUUGUCAGCAGGAAAAAGACUGUAUGGGCGAGGCACCAACUACCAAAGCUGAUUUUCUGCGGGAUUUUGAAGGCUGGAGUAUAAGAAGAUGGAUUGUUCUCGGAGUGUCCCGGUGAGCAGCCCAGGAAGCUAGCCCUCUGAGCCAAAGAUAAGGAAAUCCACCUGCUUCGUGGGACUAGGCUGUUCCAUGAACAUUCUGGAAACAUUCGGACGAUCAUAAAAAUAGUCCUCACACUUUUUGUUUGAAGGGAUUGCUUAAACUGUGGUUACAAAGUAAAUGCAGAUGUUUUCAGGUUUGAUUUUUUUUUAAACACCUGUUUAAAAGUGGGCAUGUGGAAGCCGGGGUGAGAGAUACAGAUCAGCUGUAGCAUUUAUGAAGUAAGAGGUUGGCACACACUGGGUUGUUGAGAGGGGAAGAAAUGUUACUUGGAGGGUAGCCAUAAAUUUUCUAAAAUAGUAAUAUAUAUUUAUUAAAGAAAAUCGGUGAUGGAGAAGGUGUGAAGCCAAAAGAAAGAUCUUAAAAUGGUUCUGUUGAGACGUAUCCAAAAGAAAAAUAAAUGAUUUAAUAUCAGCUAUAUUUGAAAUAAACUAGAGAUUUUGCUUUUUCCAGACAGACUGGGGAUAAAUUAGUGGGCUGCAGAUUUUGCAAAAUUAAAACAGGUAAUUAUACAGGUUCCCUGGAGCCCGAACAGACAAUCUAGUAUAGGCAAGUCGGUGGAAAAAAAAAAAAACAGAAUAGACAUAAUCUGAAAAGUAACUGCUAGAAGCAUGCAAGGAUUUGCUCCGGAUUAAGGAAAUCAAGAGUGGGGAGGACAGGGCAGAGGGAUCUGUUGUUCCCUCACCACCAGUCUAACAGUGUUAUUUGAUUUCUUUUUACCUGUGUAUAUGCAUUGAUGAAAAAUAAAUAAAUCUCCUUUUUCAAGAUUCUCUAAGGAACUUAAAUGUUCACCACUGGCUGAGAGUCAAUGAGUUUUUUUUAAGUCAGGCAGACCCCUGCUGAGUUUUAAACUCAGAUUGUGUGGCCUGCAGUGGGCCUUUUAAACUCGCGUUUCCUUAGCUGUUAGUGAAGGUGAACAAACCCACUUGGAAAGGUUACCCUAAGAAUUAAAAACAUGCCUGGCUUACUUAGUGCUUGAUUAAAUACCCCCAAGCAGUGUUUGUCAUGCAGCACAUCACAGCAAUGACCAAAAUAGAAAACGUAGAGGGAAAAAAUCCUGUUUUUCGGUGGAAGUUUUGAAUUCUGGCGAAGUCCAUGGUGCGGUGGGUAGAACCAUCCAGAAGGCUGCUAAGUGAGGAACUGAGCAGAGGGGCUGUUAUUACUCAAGGUAAACAUCUCAGCUGUGUACAGUGUUACUGAUCCCAUUCAUUCUGUCCAGUGAACGCAGUCUGAAAAUCCUAGGUUUCCUGCCCCCUCCAGCACCAGGUCUGGUGUUAGGUAAUUCCUCACUGCUAACUCUGUCCAACACAUCCUUUUAUUUUUUUUUUCCCAACAGAAAUUCCAGAAAUAGUUAGAUAUUUAUAAGUUGAGAAGUACUUGGCAUUCAUCAUCUCCAAUAAAUAGGAAACUCUCUGAGGGAAGAUACUGUAUGUUAUCCGGUUUUACACCCUGAAAUACCAGUAGAUAACAUGAUAGGAAGAAAAUGUGAGCUCUGGGAUUUGUCAUUUAUCCUUCCUAGUUGCUCUUAAGCCUCGAUUUGCAUUUUCACUCAAAUGAUGUGGUGCCCAGCAGAGUAAGCACGGCUUUGGUCUUAACUAAAUCACUUACUGUUUUGUUUUGCCUGGCGUAUUUCUGAUAACAUCUGUUAGGCCCCAAAUUUUGCAUGUUCUCCACUCUGUCCCCAAGACUAGAGCACUGCCUGAAAAAGAGUACAAAAUAAAUGUUGAUUUGAUCAGUAGA